AUGCUGUCUCCAUCGCCCCGACCUCCACGCGUACCACCAUCAACGACUGAUUCACAAUAUGAUACAGCUACAGGCUAUUCAUCAUCAUCUUAUACACGAUGGCCACGAACAUUUGCUAAAACUCACAAUCCUGGUAGAGCAAGUAAUUCCAUACCUUCUCGACGUAAUCCCUAUCAAAGUGAACCAUUUUCAGACAUUUUACAUAGUCAAUUUCCACGACCACGAGGACCAACCCACGCAACAGUUCAUCCACGACGAUCAUUAUUAAGUAAUCUUCUACCGUAA